ACACGUAAAUAUAUAUUAUACAUCGCUGUCCAUUUAUCAUCAUACUCCAACUCAAACAGACUAUGUGUAUCUACAGAUGUAAUACUUACGUAUGCGUUGAUAAAGUUCCUUCCGAUAAUUAUAAACAUUAAGAUAUAAAGAGACAAUCUAGUAGAUCGAUCAAUUUUAUUGGUAACUCGAAGUAAGUUGCUUCAGUUACAAGUAGACCCGUGAUUUGUUAUUCACAACGUUAAAUAGAAUUACUGAGACGAAAUGGCAGCUACUGCUAUUCUGACCAAAGAUGUGCCCGAUAUCGAAAAUCUUUUGAGCCUAAAUCCAAAGAUAAAACCAUUCGCGAACCUUGUUCCUUCGGUGCGUACCAAAGAAAAUAAGAAGAAAUGGAAGAGGAACAUUACCGAAAAAUGCAGCAAAUGCCCACCUUUAACAAAGAAUUUUGACGAUAUUAAACAUACAACAUUAAGUGAACGCGGUGCAUUGAAAGAAGCUGCCCGAUGUUUAAAAUGCACGGAUGCGCCGUGUCAGAAAUCGUGUCCAACCCAGCUGGACAUCAAGUCCUUCAUUACUUCUAUUUCAAAUAAAAAUUAUUACGGAGCAGCGAAAGCAAUUCUGUCGGAUAAUCCUCUUGGUCUGACUUGCGGCAUGGUAUGUCCAACCAGUGACCUUUGCGUAGGUGGAUGUAACUUGCACGCAUCCGAAGAAGGACCGAUCAACAUCGGAGGUCUUCAACAAUUUGCUACCGAUAUCUUUAAGCGAAUGAAUAUACCUCAAGCUAGGAUUCCUGGUCAAAGCGUUCCACACGCAGAUACUAAGAUUGCUUUGAUCGGUUGUGGUCCAGCUUCUUUAUCCUGUGCAACAUUCCUCGCACGUUUGGGUUACGAUGAUAUUACGAUUUUCGAGAAAGAGAAUCGUAUAGGUGGCUUGAGCUCGUCGGAAAUUCCUCAGUACCGAUUACCGUACGAUGUUGUUAAUUUUGAGAUAGAACUUGCGAAAGAUCUGGGCGUGAAGAUCGAAAUGGGCAGAGCAUUAUCUGAAAACGAUUUGACGAUACAGGGUCUUCAAGAUUCCGAAUACAAAGCGAUCUUUUUAGGGUUCGGUCUUCCGGAAGCAAAGACUAUUCCAAUUUUCUCAGGUCUCACCGAAGAAAUGGGUUUCUUCACGUCGAAGAGCUUUUUACCGAAAGUAGCCACGGCUAGUAAACCAGGAAUGUGUGUAUGUAAAAAUAACGAGUUACCAUCUCUUCAUGGGAAUGUCGUUGUCCUCGGUGCCGGAGAUACAGCCUUCGACUGUGCCACUUCGGCUCUUAGAUGCGGCGCGAAGAAAGUUUUCGUCGUUUUCAGGAAAGGAUUCACUAACAUCCGAGCAGUUCCUGAAGAAUUUGAUUUGGCAAGGGAAGAAAAAUGCGAGUUCAUUCCUUUCCAAUCACCGAAACAAGUUAUCGUACGAAAUGGAAAAAUAGUUGCUAUAGAAUCUUGUCGAACCGAAGAAAACGAGAAUGGUGACUGGGUGGAGGACGAAGAACAAGUUUGCAAGUUGAAAGCGAACUUUGUUAUAUCUGCUUUUGGAUCAGGAUUACAAGAUCCCAGUGUGGUGAAAGCCAUGGCGCCUGUUAAGCUAAAUAGAUGGAAUCUACCGGAAGUGGACGGGGAGACCUUGAGUACUUCUAUGCCUGGAGUGUUUUGCGGCGGAGACCUUGCUGGGGUUGCGCAGACUACUGUCGAAUCUGUAAACGAUGGAAAGACAGCAGCCUGGUAUAUUCACAAAUUUAUUCAGAAUUCUUAUAACUUAAAAGUACCAGAGGUUCCCCAGUUACCUAAAUUUCACACUCCAAUUGACGAUGUUGAUUUAUCCGUGGAAAUUUGCCGUUUAAAAUUUGAAAAUCCUUUUGGUCUUGCUUCUGCACCGCCGUGCACCUCUAGCGCUAUGAUCAGGAGAGCUUUUGAAGCGGGUUGGAGCUUUGCUGUUACUAAAACAUUUUCUCUAGAUAAAGAUCUUGUCACUAAUGUAUCACCAAGGAUCGUUAAAGGUACGACUUCACGGCACCAUUACGGACCAGAGCAAGGGAGUUUCUUGAAUAUCGAAUUGAUAUCUGAAAAGUCACAAGCGUAUUGGUGCAAUAGUGUUACAGAAUUGAAGAAAGACUUUCCAACUAAGAUUGUUAUCGCUAGUAUUAUGUGCACGUACAAUAAGGCAGAUUGGACAGAACUUGCUCAAAAAGCAGAAACUGCCGGUGCCGAUGCCUUGGAAUUGAAUUUGUCCUGUCCUCAUGGAAUGGGAGAAUCUGGAAUGGGACUGGCUUGUGGACAAGACCCUGAAUUGGUGAGAAAUAUUUCAAGAUGGGUCAGAGCAGCUGUGAAGAUACCAUUUUUUGUGAAAUUAACACCUAAUAUUACCAACAUUGUUUCUAUAGCCAAGGCAGCUUACGAAGGACACGCUGACGGAGUAUCUGCCAUAAACACGGUGCAAGGAUUAAUGGGAUUGCACGCUGAUGCGACACCAUGGCCAGCUGUUGGCUAUAAGAAGACUACAACUUAUGGCGGCAUGUCAGGAAAUGCGACGAGACCUCAAGCUUUACGAGCAAUUUCUUCUAUUGCUGAAGCGCUUCCCGGUUUUCCGAUACUGGGAAUUGGUGGUGUCGAUUCAGCAGAUGUUGCUCUUCAAUUUCUGCAUAGCGGUGCAUCAGUUGUGCAGAUCUGCAGUGCGAUACAGAAUCAAGAUUUUACUCUGAUCGAUGAUUAUAUAACUGGUUUAAAAGCUCUAUUGUAUCUGAAGAGUCUUAAACAAGUAGAAGAUUGGGAUGGACAAAGUCCACCAACGUUUAAGCAUCAGAAAGGGAAACCAGUUGCUUUCCAACAUGCUCUUGGUAAAAAUGUACCAUAUUUUGGAGAGUAUCAGAAACUUCGGGAAGAAAAGAUAGCCGAGAUUAAAGCGAGAUCGAAUCCGCUUGAUAAUGUCAUUGAGAUAACGAGACCUGCCCCAAAACCAAGCAUACCUGUACCAGCAAUAAAAGAUAUUAUUGGUAAAGCUACGGAUUACAUUGGAACCUUCAAGAAUUUGAACACCAAAGAGCAAGUGGUAGCAUUGAUAGAUGAUGACAUGUGUAUAAACUGUGGAAAAUGUUACAUGGCUUGUGCUGAUUCUGGUUAUCAAGCGAUCAAGUUUGAUUCUGAAACUCAUAUUCCAACUGUGACUGAUGAUUGUACAGGUUGCACACUUUGUCUUUCAGUGUGUCCUAUCAUAGAUUGUAUAACCAUGGUACCUAAAACGAUACCCCACGUUAUUAAAAGAGGAAUACCACCAAAAGGAAUGUUUGAACUUCCUGAAUUAUCAGAAGCAUACUAAAGUAGAAGUAACGUAUACGGUAUUUUAUUGCACUUCAACAUUUUUAUAAUAUUUUUGUACCAUAUAUUUUGUAGAAAGUAAACACUGUCGAAGCUUAAA